GUUCUUCACGCAGGCACCUGCACAAACACACGCACGCACACAGCACCAUCUUUCCUAAAGGUGGAGCUUCCCUCUGCGACGGAUCGGAGAUGGAUUCGGCUCCUCCUCCGCUCCGGACACCGUACAAGAUGGGCGCGUUCAACCUGGCCCACAGGGUUGUGCUGGCGCCGCUGACGAGGUGCCGGGCGUACGGGAACGUGGCGCAGCCGGCGCACAUGUCGCUCUACUACUGCCAGCGCGCGACGCCGGGCGGCCUCCUCAUCUCGGAGGCCUGCGCCGUGUCGGAGGCCGCGCGCGGGUACCCAGACGUGCCGGGGCUCUGGACCGACGAGCAGGUGGAUGCAUGGAAGCCCAUUGUCGACGCCGUGCACGCCAGGGGCGCCGUCUUCUUCGCCCAGAUCUGGCACACCGGCCGCGUCUCCGCGCCAGAGUUCCAACCAAACGGACAGGCACCAAUUUCGAGUACGGACAAGCAAGUCCCACCGCAGGUGAGCCAAGACGGUCACGUCGUCACGUUCGCGGUGCCUCGGAGGUUGGAAACAAAUGAGAUACCACUCGUCGUCAACGAGUUCCGGGUCGCUGCUAGAAACGCGAUCAAAGCAGGCUUCGACGGUGUGGAGAUCCACGCGGCGAACGGGUACCUGUUCGACCAGUUCAUGAAGGACAGCACGAACGACCGCAACGACAUGUACGGGGGCACCCUGGAGAACCGAUGCCGCUUCACCGCAGAGGUGGUCGCGGCCGUGGCCGGCGAGGUGGGCGCAGAUCGAUUGGGCGUGCGGCUCUCCCCGUUCGCGGACUACAUGGACUGCAGCGACUCUGACCCGGAGACGCUGGCGCUGCACGUCAUCCACCGCACGCUGAAUCCAACCGGCGUGCUCUACUGCCACAUGCUAGAGCCGAGGAUGCGGGUGAACCCUGACGACGGCAAGCUGACCCUCCCGCACAUGCUGCUGCCAUUCAGGAAGGCGUUCCGUGGAACGUUCAUUGUUAGCGGAGGGUAUGACCGCGAGGAAGGAGACGCCGCGAUCGCCAAUGGCUAUGGCGAUCUGGUCGCGUACGGGCGUCUGUUUCUCGCCAACCCGGACCUGCCUGCACGGUUCGCAAGGAAUGCCAGGCUGAACGAGUAUGACAGGAGCACCUUCUACACCUCCGAUCCAGUUGUUGGAUACACUGAUUACCCGUUUCUCGAUCAAUUCUAGCUAGACGAUUGUGUGUUGUAAUGCUGAAUGCUAAACAGCUACGUUCUGCCCCAGUUGAACAAAUGCUUAGAGCCUGUAGAAACAGCCAUGAUGCUUAUUACCACGCUUGGCGUGCAUGUAUGAUAAAGUAGCCAAGCACUUGUUUU